UUUGUUUUUGAAACCUGUAUAUUAAUAUCUAUUUUGUAGGGCUAUUUCGAUACAAAUAACAGCAUAAAAACUGUAGCAGCGCAGAGCUGUAUUGAAAUGGGCUACUCCAAAGAAAUGGUAGAACAGGCAGUAAAGAUCUUCAUGAGUAAAAACGGUAACUGCGAUUUUAAAGGUACAGAUUUGUUCGAAAUUCUUUUCGAUAUAGAAGAAAAUCCCGAAAAACAAGAAAAAAGUACUAAUGACGGAGAUGAAAGCAGUGAAUAUAUUGAACACGACAAAAAAGAAGUAGCAGAUGCAGAUCAGCUUGAAUCUUUGGAAACUCUCCUUGAAGAAAACCAUAGAUUAAAAGAGAAUCAAAUGUGUAAGAUAUGCUUGGACAGUCGAGCAGAUGUAAUAUUUCUGCCAUGUGGUCACAUGGUCAGUUGUCCACAGUGUGCGCAGGCGCUACUCAAAUGUCCUGUUUGCAGACAAACUGUUAAUGGACAGUUAAAAGCGUUCUUUCCUGUGGUUAGAACUACGACAUGACGGCACAGACCCUAGUUAGACUUUUAUGAUUUCAUUACAUUAUCAGACUGAUUAGCUCUUCAGUUUGCAUAGGAAUUACACUUAUUUGCUAUCUGUAUGCAUAUUCUGAGAAAUAAUCUACUAAUUAUAACUUUAUUUCUAGAAAUAAGUUUAACCCGGCAUCCUGGGUGAGUUUAACAUUACCGUAGAAACAAAACCCUGAUAAAAUUUGAAAUUAUCGCACUUUUUUGUAAACAUAAUAUGACGUGAUUUUAUGCGAUUAUUUUUGAUAAACGGAAGAUAUUUGGCACUUAUUACCUAUAAGUAGACAUAAUCACAUGACUGGCGUAAACCAGUGAAUGUCGUUUGAUGUGCUGAUAUGAGUUGUACGAUACAUUUGUCUUUAGUAGCUUUCCUUUGCCUUUGUCACUGACAUCAUGAAGUUAAAUCUUCACCAUUGUUUCUGGUAAGUCCAUUUGUAUAAAGUCUCACUGGGCUUGCCACCCAGUUACGUUUAUUCGGGUCAUUUCUAUUACAAUUAGAAUGUUGUACCGGAUAUAUAAUCGUUAUAUUGCAUAUUUUAUGGCAUUUUAAAUAAAUGCCAAUGUUUCAUUCAAAACAAAUAUGCGUUGAUUUUCCCUCUUCCAAUACGAGUUCGACGUAACUUUUGAUCUUACACCCCAACCUUGGACAACACAUAAUUUAAAUUUCAUGCGCACAUAAAAUAUUUUAUGUCAUUGGACACAAUUUUCAUUAUUACUUUUCUAGUAGGGCCACGCGAUUCAAUUCAGUGGCAGUUUACUAGAUGUUCUUUAUUUUACAUAUAUGUCCAUCAUAUAACAACACAAACAAUACAUCAUUCUCUUGGAUGUGAAAUACACUGUAAUAGAGUGUUGGGUCUGAAAAAACACAUGUAAGUAUCAUUAAUAAAUGAAUGAUAGCAAAGUAUAUCAUGUUGAUAUCACACAGACAAAAGAUAUCAAUAUUUAUGAUCUCUAAUACUAUUAAAACAUAAUCUUGAUAGACCCAUUAAUUAAUUACUUAAUCAUAAAUAGCAUUAUAUAUAUUACAAAUUACAUUACAAGACAUCCUUUAAAACAUGAAAUACAUAGUUCUCAAUGAUGAAACAUUACUCAGCCUAGUGGUUAAUAUAUCUGGCAGAACCUAAACAUAUCACAUACUAAUAGAAACACAGUUUAUCACAUCUUAAUCAUAUUCUAUAUUUACGUUCAUGUAUAACAUGUAGAUAAUCAACACAAAACAUAACAAAACAUACCUUGGGUAUGACACAAGUACCCCUCUGUUUCUAGAUUCUGACAACUAUUCUCACACAAACACACAAUGUUCACUGUGUACUGGUAAUAACUGUAUUAACUGUGCUGUAAAGUUAAGAUCAGAAUAUUCAUGCAAAGUGGUAAAAGAAUGGAGUGGCAGUUCGUAGAUCAGCCAUUACAAAAACAAGCGCCAAUUCAAGAAUGUCAGAAGAACGCGUACAGGACGAAUAAAACCGCUAUUCAAGAAACAACACUUAAACAAAUCAAUCUAGGAAAAGCAAUUAUAAACAGCAAACCAAAGAAAUAAAUACCUGAAUCUAAUAAUCCAAACACUCCUUAAAACCAAGUAAAACUUGUGACAUAAAUUAUGGCGUUAAGCAAUCAUCUUCAAGAGUUUCACCACUUGAUGUAUUGAACCAAGCAAUUAUUGUUGUUUUAUUUUGGACAUGGACAGUCCCCUUGCUAUUUAUAAAUUUGAAACCACUUCCUCCAAUAAAUGCUCACUUUUCAUUCAAAACCAAUAUGCGUUGUUUUUCCCCUCUUUCCUUACGAGUUCAAACUAACUUUUGAUCUUAUACCCAAGCCGUUGACAAUACACACAUAUAAGGUAAAUAUAAGGUACUGCGAAAGGUUAUGUUGAAUUUGGCUUGAUAUCUGUCUUCUGGCCUGUUUCGUCGGGCCCUUAAGGGUGUUUCUCUUGUUGCUCUGUCUUCUGAAAAGGCAUUGAGUACAUCCUUUCUUAAGGUUUGUUUUUUUUAUAUAUUUAUACACGAGCAUUUUUGUGUUUUACAUGCCAUGCCUUUUUGUUUCCAUUACGUUUGUUGGAGAUUCACCUGGAGGGGAUUACUUUUAUUUACACUGUCCCGUGUCUUUGGAACAUGGUGGGGGUAAGAGAGGGGUUGGGUGCGCACCAUAAACCGGUUUAAGCUACCCAGUGGUGUUUUUGCCACUGGCCGUUCCAAGGCGGUGCCCCACUAUGUUCGUUUUUGUCGUCGUGUGUUGGCUUUGUGUGUGUGUGUGUGCACGUGUGUGUGUGUGUGCACGCGUGUGCGCGUGCGUGUGUGUGUGUGCGUGCGUGCAUGUGUGUUUGUGGUGUGCGCGUUUGCGUGCUUUGGGUUUCGUUUUGGGGAGGCUGCGUUUUUGGUGCGUGGCAUUCCCUGUUUGAUACUUAUCUUUGUUUUUCCUCGAAAGAAAAGGUAUAAAUAUUUUCAAAAGAAACACGGUAUGAAUUUUAAAUGCUAACUGAUAGAGAAAGGUAAAACAAAUUUGAUUUAUAAUUCUGACAAUUCCCUUGCUAAAUUCUGAGAUUAAUUUAAAUUUAUAAAUCAAUAAUGACACGCUAUGGUUGUCCUGUUGUUUUGAACAUGGAAUUAACAGGAAAUGUUUUGCAUGGCAAAACAAAACAGAGAUUUGUUUGUAUUUACCUUUGAAUGACUUACAAUUUGAUAGUUAUUUAACUAUUUCAGUUAUGCAUUUAAUGUCUGUGAUAAAAUCUUCCUAUCUGGUG